ACCAGUGGCCAUCACACUUACAAUUCAACGAAAUAAAACCAAAGCACCAGAAAGAAGAAGAAAAGGACAAAAUGGUCAGAGUUGCAGCUCGCAAUUGUCUAAUUCCAGCUUUAACAAUGCUUCCGAAUUCAAUGAAAUCGUCUCUCUUCACUCAAAACGCAAACUUGAUUGGCGUUUUUGGGGUUUCUACUACUAGAACCAGGAGGUUUUCAUCUUCUUCUUCCAAGAUUAGCAUGAGUUUGAGAGCUGGAAUCGUUGGUCUUCCUAAUGUUGGAAAAUCUACUCUCUUUAAUGCCGUUGUUGAGAACGGAAAGGCUCAAGCUGCUAAUUUUCCUUUUUGCACAAUAGAGCCAAAUGUAGGCAUUGUUGCAGUUCCAGAUCCCAGACUCCAUGUACUUUCUGAUCUCAGCAAAUCUCAACGGGCUGUCCCAGCAUCCAUAGAAUUUGUUGACAUUGCUGGGCUCGUGAAGGGUGCAAGUCAAGGCGAGGGGUUGGGUAACAAAUUUUUAUCGCAUAUUCGUGAGGUGGAUUCCAUUCUUCAGGUUGUGCGAUGUUUUGAAGACAAUGACAUUGUUCAUGUGAAUGGCAAAAUCGAUCCCAAGUCUGACAUUGAUGUUAUCAACUUGGAACUCGUUUUCUCGGAUUUGGACCAGAUUGAGAAGAGAAUGGAGAAGCUCAAAAAAGGGAAGGGAAGAGAUUCACAAUCUAAAGUGAAGGAGGAAGCAGAAAAGGCUGCCUUAGAAAGGAUUCAGCAGGCACUUAUGGAUGGAAAACCAGCACGAUCUGUCUCUUUAACUGAUUUUGAAAGGGAUUCUAUAAAGCAUCUUUGCUUGCUUACAAUGAAACCUGUUAUAUACGUCGCCAACGUGGCAGAGACUGAUCUUGCUGAGCCAGGAAGUAAUCCUCAUGUCAAAGAAGUAAGGAAUCUUGCAUCUGAGUUGCAAUCUGGGCUAGUGACAGUUUCAGCACAGGUUGAGGCAGAACUGACUGAACUUCCAUCUGAAGAAAGAGUGGAAUAUUUGACAUCUCUGGGUGUCAGUGAGAGUGGUCUUGGGAACCUUAUCAGGGCAACAUAUAGUCUUUUGGGGCUACGUACAUACUUUACUUCUGGUGAAAAGGAAACAAAAGCAUGGACAAUACUUGCAGGAAUGACUGCACCUCAGGCAGCUGGAGUUAUUCACUCUGACUUUGAAAAAGGUUUCAUUCGAGCUGAGACGGUGGCUUAUGAUGAUUUUGUUGCGGCCGGUUCUCUUGCAGCUGCGAGAGAAAAAGGACUUUUGAGAUCUGAGGGUAAAGAUUAUGUGGUACAAGAAGGAGAUGUGAUGCUAUUUCGUUUUAACGUUUAAGAGCAGUCUCAUUCAAACUGAAUUCAUCUUCUUGUUCUUUACCAAUCGAACUGAUGAACAAUAUGGCUUGUCUGGUAUAGUGGUUGUUGAGAAUUCCAUGACGGGAGAUCACAUCCGAUGAGAUGAAAGAGUUGAAGGAAGCUUGGUGAAGUAUUCCUUCACUUCUAUUUUUGAAAAAAUUACAAAUUUCUCUUGUUGAAUGAACAACUAAAUUAAUUAAUCAAAUUAUUGGUUGUAUAAUUAUACAACUAAACAUUCUUUUUUAAAAAUAUAUAAAAUUGAAAUAACAAUUUUUAGGUGGUGGAAAAUAGGUUGUUUUGUUUCCUAAUUAACGGUGUAUCAGUAUUCAGUAGCUGUUAUGUGUUAUCUGUACCCUUUAUCAUCUUAAGUUUAAAUUCAAGAUUACAUUGUUGAUGUAAGUAAUACUUUUAGAACUUUAAA